CGGUGGCGGCGGCGGCGGCUCGACCGAGGAGUCCGGGCUCCCCCCGCGCCAUUUCGGAAGCGGGAGCGAGCUUGGAGGCGCGGGCACUGCAGGCAAGCGGCCGGAGGCCCGAGGCCCGGCGGCUCCAGGUCUGCUGAAAAUGACUGAAUAUAAACUUGUGGUAGUUGGAGCUGGUGGCGUAGGCAAGAGUGCCUUGACGAUUCAGCUAAUUCAGAAUCACUUUGUGGAUGAAUAUGACCCGACUAUAGAGGAUUCCUACAGGAAACAAGUAGUAAUUGAUGGAGAAACCUGUCUCCUGGACAUUCUCGACACAGCAGGUCAAGAAGAAUACAGUGCAAUGAGGGACCAGUACAUGAGGACUGGGGAGGGCUUUCUGUGUGUAUUUGCCAUAAAUAAUACUAAGUCAUUUGAAGAUAUUCACCAUUAUAGAGAACAAAUUAAAAGAGUCAAAGACUCGGAAGAUGUACCUAUGGUCCUAGUAGGAAAUAAAUGUGAUUUGCCUUCUAGAACAGUAGACACGAAGCAGGCUCAGGAUUUAGCAAGAAGUUAUGGAAUUCCUUUCAUUGAGACCUCAGCAAAGACAAGACAGAGAGUGGAGGAUGCUUUUUAUACAUUGGUGAGAGAGAUCCGACAGUACAGAUUGAAAAAACUCAGCAAAGAAGAAGAGACUCCUGGCUGUGUGAAAAUUAAAAAAUGCGUAAUAAUGGGUGUGGACGAUGCUUUCUAUACGUUAGUUCGAGAAAUCCGAAAACAUAAAGAAAAAAUGAGCAAAGAUGGGAAAAAGAAGAAAAAGAAGUCAAAGACAAAGUGUAUAAUUAUGUAAAUACAGUUUAUACUUUUUUCUUAAGGCAUACUUAAGUAAAAGUGGUAAUUUUUGUACAUUACACUAAAUUAUUAGCAUUUGUUUUAGCAUUACCUAAUUUUUUUCCUGUCCCAUGCAAACUGUUAGCUUUUAUCUUACAUGCUUAUUUUAAAAAUGACAGUGGAAACUUUUUCCUCUAAGUGCCAGUAUUCCCUGAGUUUUGGUUUUUGAACUAGCAAUGCCUGUGAAAAAAAUACUGAACACCUGAGAUUUCUGCCUCAGGUUUUGGUGCAUGCAGCCGAUUUUUUCCCUAAUUUUCUUAAUAAUGGUGAGCCUGGGUGUGAAACAGCAAGCUCUGGAAUCAUCCCCUCUCCUGUUUCAAUCUAGUCACC